CUAAUGUGAAAGUUUUUGCAUAAGCCGGAAUGCUACGGUCAUCUGACAGAUAUCGCGGUGACGUCAUGUAUUUAAACCGACUAAUCCACGAAGUCCUUGAUAAUAACUAUGCUGCUAUAAAUUUACUAUACUACUAAAUUUGGUCGCAUAAUAUUGUUCCGGUAGACAAAACUAUUUCACAAAACGCAUUUUUAGUGCAUUUUUUAUCGUCACUGACCGUUUUUCGAAGAAUUUAUCAGAUAAAAAAACCUUCAUUAUGGCCAACUGGCAAGCUCUUGGCUCCAUCAUCCUUCCCAACGUUGGUGGUUGGGCUAACGGACUAUACUUCGCCGGUCAGAUCCGCCAGGAGAAAGAGAAGGCCUGGUAUGAUACCCUGAAGAAGCCCAGCUGGAACCCGCCCAAGUGGGUGUUCGGGCCAGCUUGGACUGUGUUGUACAGCGGCAUGGGAUACGCGUCGUACCUAGUGUGGGAAGAAUGCGGUGGUUUCAACGAGGAUUCUCUGGUGCCUUUGUCUCUGUAUGGAGGCCAGCUUCUCCUCAACUGGGCAUGGACUCCUAUCUUCUUCGGAAUGAAGGACUUUAAAUUGGCAUUCAUCGAGAUCUCAGUGCUGUCCGGCGCGGCGGCGGCGACCACGUUCUCGUUCUUCAGCGUGAACAAGACCGCGGGCAUGCUGCUGCUGCCGUACCUCGCGUGGCUCGGAUACGCCUCCUCGCUCUCGUACUACAUCUGGAAGAACAACCCCAAGCCCGCUGACAAGGCGCAGUAGAGAUGCUGACACUGAAAACGCUUUAAUACUUCAAGCUAGAUUACUCUAAGUUACAAAGUAACGUGUUUUUAGUGUUAGAUGCAUUGCUCGUGGCAGUCAUAGAUAUGGCAUUAAGUUCUUCAACAGAAACGGUAAAUAUUAUUUCAAAAAUAAGAAUUUGAUGUGCGUAAAGUGACAUGUAUAAUAUGGCAUUUUUAGUGACCAAUAUGUCACUAUAAAAACUAUUGGACACCAUUCCACUUAACGUCCGAUGCAGUGGGGUCAUAUUAUGAAAAAAAAAUUACAUAGUCAUCAAUUGAAGAAUUUUUCGCCACUCUGACUUCUUCAUAUUGUUUAUAUUGUAAUCAUCACAAAUAGAAUUCUAAGAACAAUUCCAUGUACGUAUUUAUAUAUGAGCUGUCAUCUAAAAUGAACCAAAGCAUGCAUUUUGUAAAACUUAUAUUGUACUUAAUGUGCGUUUAUGGCAUUCUUAUGAAAAUAAUAUCAUAAAGUGACACAUGAAAGUAAAGAAUUGAAUCACACUGUAUACAGUGACAUAUAAGUUACUAGACGAAACACUCUGUAUAGUAGUGACAUGUAAUCUUUGGUAAUUAUAAAUUUUGGUAGAAAUAUUUAAAGCGAUUCUUGUAUCGUAGUGUUUCGGCUCUUUUUCUAACUAUUAACUAGUCUAAGUAAUAAGUGUCCUUUUUGCACAAACGAGUCACUCCAUUGUCAAUUGCAUUUAUUUUGUCGACCAAAACUUCUGGACAAUAUUCUACAAAUUAUUUUUUGUUAUGCGCAGUAUUGUUUAUGAUUUUUCGAAUAUAUUUAUUGUUGAAUUAGUGUUUCAAUAAAUACUGUACUUAUAA